AUGCAGUCAAACUACGACGAUGGUGGCAUCCGUACAGACCCCACGAAAGACGAAAGAGACACACAAUACCUGGUUACUUGGGAGGAGAAUGAUCCUGGCAACCCAAAGAACUCACCUCUCUGGUACAAGGCCUGGACUGUAUUCGUCAUGAGCUUUGGCGCUACAGUCGUGAGCCUUUACAGCACAUCAUACACACCAUCUCUACCGGAUAUCGAAGCAGAAUUUGGAGUGUCGAAAAUGGUCGGCUUGCUCGGCGUCACCACAUAUCUCCUUGGUAUGGCUGUAGGCAGUCUGGUUGUGGCUCCCUUGAGUGAGAUCUACGGUCGUCGGCCCGUCUACAUUGUCACCAUGGGCCUGUUCACUCUUCUCAUCAUUCCCUGUGGUCUUGCACGAAACAUGGAAGCCAUUCUGAUCAGUAGAUUCUUUGGCGCCUUUUUCGGAAGUGCCAUGAUGACGAAUGCUGCAGGCACGGUCAGCGACAUCAUCUCACCAGAAUACAUACCUCUGGCCUACAGUUUCUGGGGUAUCGGCCCCAUAAAUGGUCCAGUCAUUGGUCCAAUCAUCGGUGGCUUUGUCUUCGAAUAUUUGGGAUGGCGUUUCGCAGCAUUCAUUGCGUUGAUCGUCGCCAAAGAGACAUAUGGACCCAGGAUUCUACGUCAACGUGCCGCUGCCAAACGCAAGGAGACUGGUAAUGACAAGUGGUGGAGCCAACAUGAUGAUUCGUCUAGCUUUGCUCAAGUACUAAAGACCAACAUCACCAGACCAAUUGUCAUGCUCGUCACAGAGCCUAUAUGCAUUUUCUGGGACGUCUAUGUCGCACUAGUCUACGGCGUACUAUACCUCUGCUUCGUCGCCUACCCACUAGCCUUCCAACAAGAAAGAGGUUGGAGCAGCGGCAUGACCGGCCUCGCAUACUGCGGCAUCGGCGUCGGAGCCAUGAUAAUCAUCCUCGCGGAACCCCUACUCCGUCGAUUCAUCAACAGCCACCCCAAAGACCCAAAGACUGGCCAAGUAACCCCUGAAGCCGCUGUCAGUAUCGUCUGUAUCGGCGGCGUCCUUCUCGCAGUCGGUCAACUCUGGUUCGCAUGGACGUGUACAAAAGAUAUCCACUGGAUUGUUCCUAUCUUAGCUGGUGUGCCUUUUGGUGCUGGCAAUGCAUGUGUGUUUAUCUAUGCCAUCAGUUAUUUGGUGAGGUCUUAUGAUGUCUAUGCUGCUUCUGCUGCUUCGGGGAAUGCGGUGUUGAGGAGUAUCAUGGGUGGAUGUUUGCCCUUGGCUGGUCCAUCUUUGUACGCUUCUUUAGGGUUGCGCUGGGGAGGCACGCUUUUGGGACUUUUGGAAGCGGCGUGUAUCCCUAUACCCGUCGUGUUCUACUUCUAUGGUCACAAAAUCAGGGCGAGGAGUAGGAUGGUACAGAUGAUAGCGAAGAGUAGAGAAGAGAACAUACGGGAUGUCUAGCUAUAUUGAUUUAUGUAUUUAGGGUUGCUACACAGCAACACAAGAUAGCAAGCUAUAUACCACCAAGCGUCAAUUCCAUGAGAGCUCAAAGACACAGUCAAAAUGAGCC